AUGCGGUUUGUCGAAUUACUGCGGUUGUGUUAUUCCUGCGACAUUAGAGUUCAUGCGGUUGUCGAAUUACUGCGGUUGUGUUAUUCCUGCGACAUUAGAGUUCAUGCGGUUGUCGAAUUACUGCGGUUGUGUUAUUCCUGCGACAUUAGAGUUCAUGCGGUUGUCGAAUUACUGCGGUUGUGUUAUUCCUGCGACAUUAGAGUUAAUGCGGUUGUCGAAUUACUGCGGUUGUGUUAUUCCUGCGACAUUAGAGUUCAUGCGGUUGUCGAAUUACUGCGGUUGUGUUAUUCCUGCGACAUUAGAGUUCAUGCGGUUGUCGAAUUACUGCGGUUGUGUUAUUCUUGCGACAUUAGAGUUCAUGCGGUUGUCGAAUUACUGCGGUUGUGUUAUUCCUGCGACAUUAGAGUUCAUGCGGUUGUCGAAUUACUGCGGUUGUGUUAUUCCUGCGACAUUAGAGUUCAUGCGGUUGUCGAAUUACUGCGGUUGUGUUAUUCCUGCGACAUUAGAGUUCAUGCGGUUGUCGAAUUACUGCGGCUGUGUUAUUCCUGCGACAUUAGAGUUCAUGCGGUUGUCGAAUUACUGCGGUUGUGUUAUUCCUGCGACAUUAGAGUUCAUGCGGUUGUCGAAUUACUGCGGUUGUGUUAUUCCUGCGACAUUAGAGUUCAUGCGGUUGUCGAAUUACUGCGGUUGUGUUAUUCCUGCGACAUUAGAGUUCAUGCGGUUGUCGAAUUACUGCGGUUGUGUUAUUCCUGCGACAUUAGAGUUCAUGUGGUUGUCGAAUUACUGCGGUUGUGUUAUUCCUGCGACAUUAGAGUUCAUGCGGUUGUCGAAUUACUGCGGUUGUGUUAUUCCUGCGACAUUAGAGUUCAUGCGGUUGUCGAAUUACUGCGGUUGUGUUAUUCCUGCGACAUUAGAGUUCAUGCGGUUGUCGAAUUACUGCGGUUGUGUUAUUCCUGCGACAUUAGAGUUCAUGCGGUUGUCGAAUUACUGCGGUUGUGUUAUUCCCUGCGACAUUAG